GAGUCCUGCGCGCGUGUGGGAGGGGAGGGGGGGAUUAUUAUGGGAUGUCUGGCCCCCUUUGUGUGCUCGUGAGGAUGUUAGCUAAGCUCCAGGCUGGGGGAGAGGACAUUGGACCGUGUUUUCGUUUUUUUUGUUUUUAUUUCAUUUUUUUUAAAUGAAUGAAUGGACGCAAUAAGGAGCUGAGUUGUGGUAAUACGUACAGAACAGAAGCGAGAGCUCUUUGCGACCUGGGACCACACACUCUUCACAGCAAGUUUCCAAGGUGCCAAGUAGCCGCCCACUCCCUUCCCCCUGGACAGUACACCCACCUCGGUCCACUCUCCAGCAAAGUCCACGUCAUUUUGCCCUCCUCCCUCGUCAACCGACCGAGGAGCGAGAGCUUUAGGAGGGAUUAAUUCGCGCGAGGAGGAGUGGUGGUGGCGGUGGGGGAACACCGGAGACAUGUCAGGCAGCGACGAUGACAGGGACGACUUCGCAGCCGCCGAAGAGCACUCGCUCCUCCACGAUGAGAACGAGGCCGAGGACGUCAUGUCCGACGUGGACGACAUGCCCAAGUCCAAGAAGAAAAAGAAGGCUAAGAAGAGCAGCCGGGAGAACAGAAGCAACAAGAGGCAGAGGGCUGUCAGAGAGGAGUUGCCCCUGAGCUCCCCAGAGCACCUUAUUGGGGAGGCAGGCGAGAGGGACCCAGAUGAGGGAGGCCUGCGCUCGGACAGCGACGGCAGUGAUUACGCCCCGGGGAGGAAAAAGAAAAAGCGCUCCAGCUCGACCAAAGACAAGAAGAAAUCAAGCAUGGCUGCGGAGAAAGGGGGCUCGUCCGGCUCGAAGAGCAAACGCAAAGAUCCGGAGCCGGAUGAUGAAGACGACGACGACGAUGACGACGACUGUCAGCCGAAAAGCUCCUCCCAGAUGCUGGAGGCGUGGGGCAUGAAAGACAUCGACCACAUCUUUACUCAGGAAGACUACAACUCCCUCACCAACUACAAGGCCUUCAGCCAAUUUGUCAGGCCCUUGAUUGCAGCCAAGAACCCCAAAAUUGCAGUGUCCAAGAUGAUGACUUUAAUGAUGGCCAAGUGGAGAGAAUUUAGUACAAAUAACCCUCAUAAGGGCUCAGCGACCGCCAACGCUGCCCUGGCAGCCGCCAACGUGGCUGCGGCGGUGGAGAACAUGGUGGUGGCCGGGACAGACGGGGGGUCCAAUGGCAGUAACGCACCCCCAACUCCAGCCGCCGCUGCUCAGACCACUCCUGCUGCUCCUGUGCCACCGCCUGUGCCACCUCUCCGCAAGGCUAAAACCAAAGAAGGCAAAGGCCCCAAUGCUCGUAAAAAGUCCAAGCCUAAAGUUCCACCAAAACCCAAACCCAAGAAGGUGGCUCCACUGAAGAUCAAACUGGGAGGCCUGAACAGCAAGAGGAAGCGCUCCUCUAGCGACGAGGAUGAGCCAGACGCGGACAGUGAUUUUGAUGAAAGCACCUUUUCCGUGUCAGAGGGCUCAAACCGCAGCAACCGCAACAAGAAGAAAUCCAAGAGUGCAAAGAAAAAGAAGAAAGUGGAGGCGGAGGAUGGUGACGGCUACGAGACGGACCACCAGGACUACUGUGAGGUGUGCCAGCAGGGAGGAGAGAUCAUUCUGUGUGACACCUGUCCCAGAGCUUAUCACAUGGUGUGCUUGGACCCCGACAUGGAGAAGGCACCGGAGGGCAAGUGGAGCUGCCCACACUGCGAGAAAGAGGGCAUCCAAUGGGAGGCCAGGGAAGACCUCUCCGACGCCGAAGUGGAAGACGAGGACGACAGACAGGAUGACGGCGCCGAAGAAGAGGAUGAUCACCACAUUGAGUACUGCAGGGUCUGCAAGGACGGAGGGGAGCUCCUUUGCUGCGACACUUGCCCCUCGUCCUACCACAUCCACUGUCUCAACCCGCCUCUCCCCGAAAUCCCCAACGGCGAGUGGAUCUGCCCCCGCUGCAAGUGUCCACCAAUGAAGGGUAAAGUCCAGAAGGUUUUAACAUGGCGUUGGGGAGAUCUGCCAGCCCCCACUCCUGUCCCACGGCCUGCUGAUCUGCCUGCUGACGCACCUGAUCCCCCACCCUUGGUUGGCCGCAGGGAGAGGGAGUUCUUUGUAAAAUGGUGCAAUAUGUCCUACUGGCACUGCUCCUGGGUGCUUGAGCUACAGUUGGAGCUGAACUGCCAGGUGAUGUUCCGCAACUACCAGAGGAAAACCGACAUGGACGAACCACCGCCCGUAGACUUCGGUGGCGAGGGCGACGACGACAAGAGCACCAAGAGGAAGAACAAGGAUCCGCUCUUCAUCCAUAUGGAGGCAGAAUUCUACCGCUUCGGAGUCAAGAUGGAGUGGCUGAUGAUACACCGCAUCCUAAACCACAGUGUGGACAGGAAGGGCAACGUACACUACUUGAUCAAGUGGCGAGACCUGGCCUACGACCAAUCGACAUGGGAGAGCGAAGACAUGGACAUUCCAGAAUUUGACCUUUACAAGCAAACCUACUGGAAUCACAGAGAGUUGAUGAUCGGUGAUGAGGGCAGACCUGGUAAGAAGCUGAAGAAGCCUGUCAAAGUUAAGAAGGCGGAACGUCCACCUGCUAAUCCAGUAGUGGACCCCACCAUCAAGUUUGAUCGUCAACCUGACUACCUGGACAGCACAGGGGGCACUCUUCACCCCUACCAGUUGGAAGGCUUGAACUGGCUGAGGUUUUCUUGGGCACAGGCCACCGACACUAUCCUUGCCGAUGAAAUGGGCUUAGGCAAGACUGUCCAGACCGCUGUCUUUCUCUACUCUCUCUACAAGGAGGGUCACUCCAAAGGUCCCUUCCUGGUUAGUGCACCUUUGUCCACCAUCAUCAACUGGGAGAGAGAGUUUGAGAUGUGGGCCCCAGACAUGUAUGUCGUCACAUAUGUCGGUGACAAAGACAGCAGGGCUGUCAUUCGAGAGAACGAGUUCUCGUUCGAAGGGAAUGCCAUCCGAGGUGGGAAAAAGGCAUCCAAAAUGAAGAAAGACUCAACUGUCAAGUUCCAUGUCUUGCUGACAUCCUAUGAGUUGAUUACCAUUGACCAGGCUGUGCUGGGCUCCAUUGAAUGGGCCUGUCUGGUUGUGGAUGAGGCGCACAGGCUGAAGAACAACCAGUCCAAGUUCUUCCGAGUGUUAAACAAUUACCCACUCCAACACAAGCUGCUGCUGACUGGCACUCCUCUUCAGAACAACCUGGAGGAGCUCUUCCACUUGCUAAACUUCCUCACUCCAGAAAGAUUCAACAACUUGGAAGGGUUCUUGGAGGAGUUUGCCGACAUAGCCAAAGAGGACCAGAUCAAGAAGCUCCACGACAUGCUCGGACCGCACAUGCUCAGGAGGCUGAAGGCUGAUGUCUUCAAACACAUGCCAUCCAAGACUGAACUCAUUGUCAGGGUGGAGCUUAGCCCAAUGCAGAAGAAAUACUACAAAUUCAUUUUAACACGGAAUUUUGAGGCUUUGAACACUCGGGGAGGAGGAAAUCAAGUCUCUCUUCUCAAUGUGGUGAUGGAUUUGAAAAAGUGCUGCAAUCAUCCGUACCUCUUUCCUGCUGCUGCUACAGAGGCUCCAAAACUUCCGAACGGGAUGUAUGAGGGCUUGGCUCUGACCAAGGCAUCUGGCAAACUGAUGCUCUUGCACAAAAUGAUGAAGAAACUGAAGGAAGGAGGUCAUAGGGUCCUGGUUUUCUCCCAAAUGACCAAAAUGCUUGACCUGCUGGAGGAUUUCCUGGAAAACGAGGGUUACAAAUAUGAGCGUAUCGACGGUGGGGUCACCGGCAAUAUGCGUCAGGAGGCCAUUGACCGCUUUAAUGCCCCUGGUGCUCCCCAGUUUGCUUUCCUCCUCUCCACCCGAGCAGGGGGGUUGGGUAUCAAUCUUGCGUCGGCGGACACUGUUAUCAUAUAUGACUCUGACUGGAACCCUCACAAUGACAUCCAGGCAUUCAGCAGAGCUCAUCGUAUUGGCCAGAAUAGGAAGGUGAUGAUCUAUCGGUUUGUGACCAAAGCAUCUGUGGAAGAGAGAAUCACACAGGUUGCAAAGAAAAAGAUGAUGCUCACUCAUUUGGUUGUGCGACCCGGCCUUGGCUCGAAGACCGGUUCCAUGUCUAAGCAGGAGCUCGAUGAUAUCCUCAAAUUUGGAACUGAGGAAUUGUUUAAGGAUGAAGUUGGAGAAGGGGACAACAAGGAGGACGACAGCAGUGUGAUCCACUACGAUGAUCAAGCCAUCGAUCGUUUGCUGGACCGGAACCAGGAUGCCACCGACGACACCGAGAUUCAGAGCAUGAACGAAUACCUCAGCUCCUUCAAAGUUGCCCAAUACGUGGUUAAAGAUGAGGAUGACGAGGAGGAGGAAGUGGAGCGAGAGGUGAUCAAGCAGGAGGAAAGCGUGGACCCAGAUUACUGGGAGAAGCUGCUUCGUCAUCACUAUGAGCAGCAGCAAGAGGAUCUGGCCCGCAAUCUGGGCAAAGGCAAAAGAACUCGAAAGCCGGUUAACUACAAUGACGGUUCCCAGGAGGACCGAGGUAUAAGACAGGACUGGCAAGAGGAUCAAUCCGACAACCAGUCUGAUUACUCGGUGGCAUCGGAGGAGGGCGACGAGGACUUUGAUGAACGUGCUGAAGCAAACGCCCGCAGGCCGAACCGCAAAGGGUUAAGAAACGACAGGGACAAGCCUCUGCCUCCACUCCUUGCACGAGUGGGCGGGAACAUCGAGGUUCUGGGCUUCAAUGCACGGCAGAGGAAGGCUUUCCUAAAUGCAGUCAUGCGUUACGGGAUGCCUCCCCAGGAUGCAUUCACCAACCAGUGGCUUGUCAGGGACCUUCGAGGGAAGUUGGAGAAGGAAUUCAAGGCUUACGUGUCUCUGUUCAUGAGGCAUUUGUGUGAGCCAGGAGCUGAUGGAGCGGAGACCUUUGCAGAUGGCGUCCCACGAGAGGGUCUGUCCAGGCAACACGUGCUCACUCGUAUCGGUGUCAUGUCGCUCAUUAGGAAAAAGGUGCAGGAGUUUGAGCACGUGAAUGGUCAGUGGUCAAUGCCCUGGAUGGCAGAACUGGAGGAAAACAAAAGGGCGGCAGCUUUGGCUGCAGGUGAAGAUCCAAAGACCCCUUCAAGCGGGACACCUGCGGAUACACAACCGAACACUCCUGUGCCAGAGGAUCUGUCAAGAUCAGAGGACAAAGAGGACAUCAAGAAGGAUGCAGAGGACACCAAAGCAGCUCGAAAGACAGAUGAUCCAGAGAUUAUUGAAAUCCCAGAUGAGCCCGACAAGUCCCCGGCCUCUGAAAAUAAAGAAGAUGAUCCUCCCGGAAAGGAGGACAAAGAGAAGGAGGCACGAGGUGGCGACGAAGGGAAUGACCUCGAUGACCUCAGCAAGGACAAAGAGGACAAGGCCGAGAAGGCCGUUUCUGCUGAUAUUAAAGGUGAAGGAACGGAGGGAAAAGCAGAUAAGGAGGACCGGUCUAAAGUUGAAGAGGCUAAGGAUGAGAAGAUGGACACAGAGAAAGAUCAACAAGAGGAAAAAGAUGGGGUAAAAUCAGAGGAAUCUAGUAGACUUCAGAACGGAGAGAACACCAGAGAAGGAUCCUUGUCCAUGUUGAAUGUGAAUGAAGAGAAGAGGAAAGCCAGCAAGCAGAGGUUCAUGUUCAACAUAGCAGACGGAGGCUUCACAGAGCUUCACUCCCUGUGGCAGAAUGAGGAGAGGGCAGCCACCGUCACUAAGAAGACCUUUGAAAUUUGGCAUCGUCGCCAUGACUACUGGCUCCUAGCUGGCAUCAUACAACACGGCUACGCUCGGUGGCAGGACGUGCAGAACGACGUAAGGUUCGCCAUCCUCAACGAGCCCUUCAAGGGGGAAAUGAGCAGGGGCAAUUUCCUCGAGAUAAAGAACAAGUUUCUGGCACGCAGGUUCAAGUUACUGGAGCAGGCACUGGUAAUCGAGGAGCAGCUACGCCGGGCGGCCUACCUCAACAUGACAGAGGACCCGGCGCACCCGUCCAUGGCGCUCAACACUCGUUUCAGCGAGGUGGAGUGUCUGGCUGAGUCUCACCAACACCUCAGCAAGGAGUCAAUGUCGGGAAACAAGCCGGCCAAUGCAGUGCUGCAUAAAGUUCUGAAACAACUAGAGGAGCUACUGAGUGAUAUGAAGGCGGACGUCACCCGCCUCCCGGCAACCAUCGCCAGGAUACCGCCCGUGGCCGUGCGGCUGCAAAUGUCCGAGAGGAACAUCCUCAGCAGGCUGGCCAGCCGCGGGCCUGAGGUGAGUGCACAGAACCAGUCGCAGAGCGUGCAGCAGAUGCAGGUUUCGCGCUGACACAGGAACUGUUCACUGCAGUUUAGUGGAUGCCCCUCUCAAACCUCCCCUUUCAACUACCUUGUACAGCACAGACAGGUUAGUCCUCAGUCCACAUACACACACGCCACUUGCCUCUGAACCCAAAGGAACGUCAACUGUGUUACGAGACACCCAAAUGUCAAGACUGGAAGUAACCAUAGAAGAAAGAUCUCCUCAAAUGUGGCCCAACUGUACCCAGUCAUGUGCAUUUAUGUCCACUGGACACGGAAAAGGAAAUCCCGGAUCUUUGUUGCAAUGUUUCCGCCAUUGGAGGCUCCUGGAGAACUGAAUGGAUUUUGUUGGUCAUUUUCACAUGUAGGAAAUUGUGACAUUUGAAGCAAUUUGUCAUUUCCUUAAAAGUUGCAAUGUUGUCAUCUUAACGUGUUUGUCUGUCUCUGAUAUGUACAGCUGCAUCUCACAAAAAUAUUGUGGAGAACUUAAUUUAAUUCAGUAGUUCAACUCAAAAAGGGAAACUUAAGUUGUUUUUUUUUAUAGUUCACGGAGAACAGAGUUAAAUCUCAUGUUUUUUAUUUUUGUUUUUGAUCAUUUUGAAGAUUAUCACUUAUAGCGAGCAAACACCCACAAACACCAAAUCAGAGUACUGUAUUUGAACAUUAAAGAUGUAGGAAUUUGCCUUUUUGAAAAGUGUGUGUAGUAAAUACACGAAUGGGUACUACAUAUGAGCUUCACUUUUUGAAUUGAACUACUGAAAAAAAUAAACAUUUCUACGACAUAUGUUGACACAUUGAUAUAUGUACAGUACUGUGUGCAAAAGUUUUAGGUCACCAUUAGCUAAAUUCACAUUAAAGUGUGAGGGUCAAAUACACAAAUAUCAAACAUUAUGGGUUCCGUUGCAUUUAGGUGUGGGAGUCACACUAUAGCGCAAUUGUAUUCCUAAAUUUUUCCUACUCUAAAAAUGACAUUUGUUCACGAAGUGGCAGCACUAAGUGGUUAGCGCAUCUGCCUCACAGUUCUUGGGUUGAUAUCUCAGCAUGUUCGGGCUGUGCUUUCAUGGGUUUUCUCCGGGUACUCCGGUUUCCUCCCGUAUUCAAAAUCAGUCACGUCAACUUCAUUUAAGAAUCAAAAUUGUCCGUAGAGGGACAUGUAGGUCUGAAUGCUUAUCUAUGCUGUAGGUGCCCGCCGAUUGACCGGCGACCAAUCCAGGGUAUUCCCCGCCCUGCAGAUCAUAAAAGUAACAAAUGGUUGCCUCACACUUUUGUACUGUACAUAUAAAGAUAUAGAUAUAUACUGUACGUAUAUGGCCAUAUUUGGUGCUCCAUUGCAGGAUGUGCCGACGUCACUGUUACUGUCAAAGUUGUUGUUGUUACCUCCAUCCCAAAAUAAGCGCCCACGACACUUUAACUGGCCUGGUGAGCAGCUCACGCACCAAACACGUACCCUGACAUUCCUUAAAGUCCCCAGAAACCCCUGUAUUUUGCUCAAAAUAAAGUACGAGGGAGGAGGAGGCGUGCGGUAUUUGGGACAUGUCGGCAACCUUUAAAUUAAAUUAAUUUCUGUACAUGUAUCAUUAUUGUUAAGGUUACCAGGUUGUUUUUAUCACAUUUGUUUUUAUUGGACCACAAUAAAAGGUCGACUGAU